AUGGACGGCAACGAGAAGGAGAAGCCUCCAGACGAGGAUGGUGAUAACGGUAUGGACUGGGAGAAAUACACGCGCAAGCGUAACUUGGAUUUAUCACCAACCAAGCUGGAGCCUUCCCCCAAAAAAAUUGUAAUUGACCCGGCAGAGUCCGAAAAGCAGUCGGGUAAUACAAAUAGUGCAGUUGAGGAGCCCGGUACUAGUAGGAUGGUCGAGUCUCAUGCGAACAGUCAAAAAGAGUCAGUUGAAAUAAACAAAAGUAACUCAACUGAAUUUAACCCGCAUCUAUACAAACACCCCAGUCUAGACAGCAAAUCACGAGAGUAUGGUGCCAACGAUGAUGGACCUUUCAUAGUGCAUGUCUCUAGAGAGGCCGCCCCUUCCUCCAGUGCCACUCUAAAACCCAUAAAUGUAGGCCUUUUACUAACUCAGGCAAACGUCAAUAACAUCCAGAAGGACGGUGGCAUUAAAUCGGUGGGUCGCAACAGAGUAGCGGUCACUUUCUCCACAGCUGCGGAUGCAAAUAACUUCCUUAAGCACCCGCUUCUAGGCAAAAAUAAGUUUAUAGCUGAUAUCCCUUCAUAUCAUGUAUCUCGAAUGGGAGUGGUGCGAGGAGUUCCUUCAGACUGGACUAUGGAGGAAUUGGUCAAUGGAACGUCCCUUAGAGAAGGUAAAGGGAAGAUCCUUAAAGCUCGUCGACUUCAACGGAAGAUACUUAAAGAUGAUGGCUCCCCGUCUUGGGUUCCGACUCAAUCGGUAGUAGUAACUUUUGAGGGUCAAAGCUUGCCUGCCAAAAUUUUUGCAUACUACACCUCAUUAGUUGUGGACGUGUAUCAGCUGCCAAUAAUCCAAUGUAGGAAGUGCGCCAAAUGGAGCGACAUUCUACCGAACGACGUUGCGCCUUUAAUGGUCACACUUGCAGAGCGACUCACCUUUCAUAAUAGGUCACCAGGUCAACUUUUUACAAUGGAAUAG